AUGUUCCCGGAGCAGCCUCUGAAGCAGCGCCUCAAGAAGAAGCUUCAGAUGUUUGAUGACAAGCGAGAGGAAUGGGUGUUUGGUCGUAAGAAGAACCACACCAGUGGAUCCAUCAAGGAUGAAGCCAUAAUCAUGCUUGAGAAACUCCAUGCCAUUGGAUACAAGCCAGUUCUGCUCCUUGGAAAGGAAAACAAAAAAAAAGAAAAUAAGUGUGAAAUAUUAACUCCUCGCUGCACACUCUCCACCUGUGCCCAGGACUACCUUCAGAGGAUAGGCCCAAUAUAUGAAAAAAUUUGUGAUGGUUGGACCAAGGAUAUCGAUGAUGAUCAGCUGAUUACGCUGCACCUCACACCCUGUGACCCAUUGGAGAACACAAGCAACCGUGAGGUGUUGAGGACCAUGCGGGUGGAGCAGACGAGCACUACAGAGGGGGAGAUGGAGCAGACGAGCACUACAGAGGGGGAGAUGGAGCAGACGAGCACUACAGAGGGGGAGAUGGAGCAGACGAGCACUACAGAGGGGAGGAUGGAGCAGACGAGCACUACAGAGGGGAGGAUGGAGCAGACGAGCACUACAGAGGGGAGGAUGGAGCAGACGAGCACUACAGAGGGGAGGAUGGAGCAGACGAGCACUACAGAGGGGAGGAUGGAGCAGACGAGCACUACAGAGGGGAGGUUGGAGCAGACGAGCACUACAGAGGGGAGGAUGGAGCAGAUGAGCACUACAGAGGGGAGGUUGGAGCAGACGAGCACUACAGAGGGGAGGAUGGAGCAGACGAGCACUUCGGAGGGUCAAGCUGUCUUCACAGGGUCAGCCAGGGGCACAGUCACAAGUCCCAAAAAGAAAAAGUCAGGUGGACUAAGACAUAUGCCAGAGAGGAAAAAGCCACAAAAGAGGCAAAGCAGAAAUGUUGGUUGACUGGGAGCCCUGUCCAGUAUGUGGCAAGGAGUGGGCCCAUUCCUGGCAGCCAAAGGAUUCUCUUCAAAUGAAUAAAAAUAAAUAAAAU